GGUAUCAUACCGGCUCCCAACCUGUCAAACUGCCACUGCCACCGCCACCGCCACCCACCGCUCUCCUCUACGCAGUUCAGACUCAAUAGUCCAUUUCCCAUAGCCGCGUAACAACGAGUACCUCCGACAUGGCGUACAGUUUGUCAUUUUGUCGUUACCCCCGGUGUUCCAGCUUUGCGGCGACCAAGACAGUCAAAAGCAUCCCGGCCGGCCGUGAUAGUCCCGAAAGAAUCACUUCAGCCAGGUUCUGCCCGCAACAUUGCUGCAGCGCCUUCUACGGGUCCGAGACGUGCCUCAACCACCAUGAUCCUUAUGACUCGGUUUGCGGCUUGCACACAUAUUGUUCCAUCUUAGGCUGCUCCCUGCCUCGGUAUCCAAUUCCAGACCCCAGACAGAGACCUGGCCUCGGCAUGCCUGAGACGGUCAUUCGCGCCGAAACCUGCAUUCGCCACAAGUGCCAUACUGGAGAUUGCCGCAAACCUCGAAUCUCGUCCAAAAGUCCACAUUGUAAAGACCACACCUGCCGGGCCGACAGCUGCAGAAACACUGUCAUAGGCAACAGUAGCUGCUGUCUAACUCGUACGUCGGCCCCCUCUGCUCGUUCCGGUCGUGGUCAUUUUAGUACUCGAGGGGCUAGCCGUCCUUCAGAUAAGUGUAGGAUGGCUGGAUGCUUGUCGCUAGUAGAGAGAGACAAACAAUAUUGCAGUUCUCACAUGGAAUGCAGCAGAGCAGACUGUGGCAGGACCCGGUUAUGGUCGUCCGUGAGAGGAGACUACGACCCCUAUUGUCACAUCCAUACUCCCAAGCCGUCUCCGGUGCACUUGCCAGCCCAACUGCAGAACGAGAACAGAGGGCGUACUCUCCAUACGAGUAUCCUCAGGGGCACUAUUUGCCGUGACAGGAACUGCGACUUUAGAGCCUCGGAGGAUAGACCAUACUGCGGCCACCAUACUUGUAUGGACCUAAGAUGCGCGUACCCUCGACCCUGGACCCUGGAAGGAAAAUACUGCCCGAUGCACACUUGCCGUGAGCCGGCCUGCCUAGCCCAUGUGGGUAGCAAGAGUAUCUACUGCGAAUACCACGUAUGCUCUAUUCCAAAAUGCAACGCUAUAGCCGUUAGCAGCGAAACUCAGCUAUGUCUCGACCACCUCAACGAUUUCUACAACGGCACGCCUACCGCGAGACCCCUCGUAAGGGUGAGAUCUCGCUCACGGAGGAGAACUCGCUCACAGUCUCGGACUCGAGAGCUUCAGUCUCGAGACGUGAUCUGGGGGCCCCGACCAGUGUUCGAUAUCUGAAUACGGGUAGGAGUGCCCGAGAGAAGAGAUGUCGAUAUCCAGGUAUGCGACACUGGAAAGCCACCACUCCAACCCGGCGACGAGGAUGCGCAGUUCAUUUCCGGCUACGCACGAGUGCACAUGUGCAAACACGGACUCCGAGAUCUUUUGAGUUUCGGGCUUUCCCCAUCCUCACACGG